AUGGUGGCAAAGUGUCAGGGCUCUGCAGCGGGACCUGAGCCUGGACCUGUGGCCGACGACGAGCCGGUACGCAGAGAGAGGUGUUACUACUCCUUUCUCCACCAGGAGCUUGACUGGAGGUGGGAUUUGAGCGGCGGAGCCCCCCUCGUGACUCUGGUUGAGAGCAGCAGUGCUCCCAGUGGGCUGGAACUGGUUAGUUCCUACCAGACCAACAGAGUUGGAGACCCCAUGAAUCUGGUUGCUCUUGCAGAGCAAGUCCAGAAGGGAGAUGAGUUUGUAAAAGCCAAUGCCUGCAACAAACUGACAGUCAUUGCAGACCAGAUCAGAUACCUGCAGGAGCAGGCGAGGAAGGCUUUGGAAGAAGCCAAAAGAGACUCUGAACUGCACCACGCUGCCUGUAACAUUGUGAAAAAGCCAGGCACCAUCUACUACCUCUAUCAGAGGCCAUCGGGACAGAAAUACUUCUCCAUCCUCUCUCCUAUGGAAUGGGGUCCAAGCUCCCCUCACCCAUUUCUUGGUGCAUUCAAACUUCAACACGACAUGUCGUGGACCCCCUUCGACGAGGUGGAGAAGAGAGACGCGGAGCUUGCCAUCAUGGACAAACUCGUCAGCCAGCAGACAGCCUUACCUACGUACGCAGGACCCAACUUCAGAGGCCUCACUGAAUAAAGAACAGACUCCAGCUUGCACACACUGGGCUUUU